UGGGCCGGAGUGGGACAAAGCUGGCUAGAGGGAACUGUAAGCGGCCUAACGUAAGGGGACAACCCAGAGCCUGGUGUAUGGCCACGGAGUUACAGCAUCCAGACCCCAUGCCCUGUCACAACCAGCAAGUAAACGCUGCCUCAACCCCAAGUCCUGAGCUGCUGCGACCUGGAGACCUGCUCCCAGAUCAAACUGGGGGAAAUAGCGCUGCCGAGACUAAACUGACUCUCCUCACUGGGCACGCCCAUUCUAGCGUGGCGGCUGAGUGGGGUUUUCAGAAAUGCGGCCCCGCCAGCCUUAACUCCGAGAGCACCGGCGACACUGCUAACUGUUGUAACUAUGACGCGCCGGCUGGCGACUCCUUCUUAGGGGACUGCGAACUCUCCCCACAGAUAGGGUCGCAGCUGAAACUUCUGCCUAUGAAUGAUCAGAUCCGGGAACUGCAGACCAUCAUCCGGGACAAGACAGCCAGUAGAGGGGACUUCAUGUUUUCUGCGGAUCGUUUGAUCAGACUUGUUGUGGAAGAGGGAUUGAAUCAGCUGCCAUAUAAAGAAUGUAUGGUGACAACUCCAACAGGGUACAAGUAUGAAGGAGUAAAAUUUGAGAAGGGAAAUUGUGGUGUCAGCAUAAUGAGAAGCGGUGAGGCAAUGGAACAAGGCUUAAGAGAUUGCUGUCGAUCCAUUCGAAUUGGAAAGAUCCUAAUUCAGAGUGAUGAGGAGACACAAAGAGCCAAAGUAUAUUAUGCCAAGUUCCCACCAGACAUCUACCGGAGAAAAGUUCUUCUGAUGUAUCCAAUUCUCAGCACUGGAAAUACUGUUAUUGAAGCUGUAAAGGUUCUUAUAGAACAUGGAGUUCAACCUAGUGUUAUAAUCCUGCUUAGUCUCUUCUCCACUCCUCAUGGUGCCAAAUCAAUCAUUCAAGAAUUUCCAGAGAUCACAAUUUUAACCACUGAAGUUCAUCCUGUUGCACCUACGCAUUUUGGACAGAAAUACUUUGGAACGGACUAAAUUAUUGAAGAAAAGUGAAAUAUGUAAAAUGACAGUGACAUUUUGAUUUUGUAUUUGUUUUACUAGUUUAAGGAAUGAUGGAAAAUGUAGUAAAGAUGCCUUUUAAGUUUUAAAGUGGGUAUAGUAAAAAGGAAAUAAUUAAGGUGUGUUAAUUUUAUUUAAUUAUGUCUUCAUGGUUAUCACCAAAUUCAACAGUGAAGCACGCACACAAUCUUUAGAAAAGAUGGAAAUUUUAGUAAUAUGUUAAUACAAAUUGCUGAACCCUGAGUGCAUUGAAAUCGUUCCCUAUUUUAUGAUCUUUAGUGUGGAGGUUACUUGCAUUCACAAAGAAGAUCUAAAUAAGAGUGAGUUCUUUGGCUCCCUAUAAUUUGCAUUUUGUUUUGUGUGCUUUUAGUUCUAGGAAUGUUUCAUGUAUCUGAUUAUUGUAACCAUCCUGUACUCUUUAGUUACUGGUAACUUGGAGAGGAGAGAAACAGGAUGCCUUCGGGGGUUUUAUAUUUUCUUUAAUGUAUUAAUUUCACAGACCCGGGAUAUGGUUAAUUCUAGUCAGAACAUUAUGUUUAUCAUGAGCCCAACCAAACUGUACGUUAUUGGUAGGUGCUUUGCCAAACUAUAAUAUGGUAAAGGAAAUGGGUGGGCAGUUUUAGUAACUGGAACUAUAACAUUAAUUUAUAUAGACUAAAGCAGGAUGUCUGAAUGCUGACAAAGGAGAGCUGAAUAUUGUUGGGUUUUUUUUUGUUUUUUUUUGUUUUUUUUGGUUUUUUUGAGACAGGUUCUCAC